CAGCAGAUCCCGUGCCGGUAUCAGUAACAAAAGUGCUCCGGGGUGUCACCGUCGAGCACCACGGAGCGUGAGACGUUAUGUACUGAAAAGAAUCGGUUUGCAGGCGGGGAAUGCAUGUCCAAUUCCAGGGCCUCUCGCCCGCUCUGCUGCUUGAGGAAACUUGAUAAUAGUGUGGCUUGGUCUGAGAUGUAAUGUAUAUUUGCUUUAUCUCAGAGAUAUUUGACAGCAAAUUGCACUAUAAAUUUUGUGUGCAUGUUAGAUUUUGUGUUUAUUUGAAUGGACGUCCCUGACCUUUCAGAAGUUAGACUUUGUCAGAAGGGGAGGGCAAGGCAUCAGAGCAUACUUGAGUAUCUAAUUUUACCAGACCAUAACAAUCUUUUUAUAAUUAAGGCAUUAAUUUUAAUUUUUUAUUGGAAAGUUAGCUGAGUUUUUUUGUUUUAAUAUUUUUCAAUUAAAUUACACUUGGUUUUAUUUAAACACUUAAUUUUGGAUCACAUCUCAGAAAUUAUGGUUUGUUUCUUUUUGUUAAACAUGACUGUUUUGUGACAUCAUUUCAUAAGUGUGAUCCCUGACAUGAAAAAGUAAACCUAAAUUAGCCAAAAGUAAAUACUGAGAAUGACUUUUUUUUGAUUUCCAGUGAUGCAGCACAAAGUGCACCAGGCAGUUUGUAACUACUGCAGGCUGCUGGCUGGGGGCUGCUUUGAAGAUCAGAGAGGACCCUGAGUGAUCUGUCAGAAGGGCUUUACUAAAGCCUGGAGUGACUCUGAGCCUGAGCUCCCAGAGCACUAAUUCUGUCUGCACUGGCUGUGGGCUCAUGGUCCCUGUUCUGAUGCAUCGCUCAGAGUACACGGUGAAACUUCUGCACCAGCUGCAGAGGGGGAGACAACACCUGUGUGGAAGAAAGCCUGGGACAAAUCCAUCAAUGCUAACCAUGUCUUUGAGUUCAUCUACACAAGGACCAAAAAGAAGUACUGAGUGUUUGGACAGCCAAGAACAGCAGACUCCAUCAUCAUUUCAAGAUAACCCUCUUCAGCAAUUACAGUUAGCAUCCCAGGAAGUGCUGGAAAAGGCAAAAAAGAGUGGGAGAUCAAAAUGCCCCCGAUGCAGUAGUUCAAGGAUGUUUUAUUGUUAUACGUGCUUUGUUCCUGUUGAAACUGUCCCUACCAAAGAAAUUCCAACUGUGAAGUUACCUUUGAAGAUUGACAUUAUCAAGCACCCAAAUGAAACUGAUGGCAAGAGCACUGCUGUGCAUGCAAAGCUGCUGGCACCUGAUGAUGUUACAAUUUAUAAAUACCCUUGCAUUCCAGAGUAUGAAGAAAAGAGACAUGAAAUAGCACUUAUCUUUCCUGGCCCCAAUUCGGUUUCAGUAAAAGAUAUUGCUUCCCAUCUCCAAAAGUACUCCAGAAAAGGUGCCUGCAACAGUGAUGAUGACUGUUCCAAAGAACCAGUUCUCAAGCAGGCAAAAAUAGAACCUAAAGAAGAAAAAAGUCCAAAUGAAUGCAUCUCAAGCAGCAGGAAUGAAGGCACUAGACUGAAGAAAGUAAUAUUUAUUGACAGUACCUGGAAUCAAACUAACAAGAUAAUAACUGAUGAACGACUUCAAGGGUUGCUACAGAUCGAGUUGAAGACAAGGAAAACUUGUUUUUGGCGCCAUCAGAAGGGAAAGCCAGACACGUACCUGUCCACAAUAGAAGCCAUUUAUUAUUUCCUUGUGGACUAUCACCAGGAGAUUUUGAAAGAGACCUACAAAGGACAAUAUGAUAAUCUGCUUUUUUUCUUUUCAUUUAUGUACACAUUGAUUAAAAAUGCCAAGAGUUGUGCAGGAAAAGAGUAAGAUGUCUGUCUGUAGGUGCAUUACACAACCUUUGUUUCUGUGAUGCACAAACAUAACUGCACAAACAUAACUAUUUUUGUCUGACUGAAAUCUGGAAAUGGACUGUACAGUGGCCACAGUGUUUGUCCAGAGAUAACCUGCAGACCUCGUCCUGCACACUUGAGGUUGUAGAACUACUCAGAUGAGGCUCUGAUCAGAGUUAUUUUUUUGAAAACAGUUACACUUUGCUAAAUCUUGCUGGAUUUCAUCCUACAGGUCUGAUGUGCUCACUGUGAUGAGCACAGUUCCUGAGGUGGGGAUAGGAGGACUUGACCUCUCUUGCCAUAAGGAUUGAUCUCUAACUGUAAAAAUCAAUUAACAUGCUGGCUUUUUAUUGUUACUAAUAGUUCGUGUCAGGUGUUUUCUUUGUGUUUUACACAGUAAUAAAGAUUUCACCUGACAAUCAAAAGCUUAUGGAAAGGAAUAGGUUGGUAUUUAACUGGGGAGGGUUGCACCAAUACAAAAUGAAAGAGCACAUUAAUUGAAUACAAAUUAUCUACCUUCAAAAGUAAAUCUGGAAAAUUGUUCUAGUAAUAAAAAAGUGGUCUCUUUAAACAUACAGUGUAUGAUUUCUGUAGUGCCAUUCACAUACUGUUAUAUUAAGAUUAUUCUCAACUUGGGUAAUUUUAGACUUCUUCAAACAAAUUUAGUUAAGUGUUUAUUAUUAUUAUUAUGUAAUAUUAUUUUGGGGAACACCACCUUAAUGAAUGUCACUGUGGCCUAUUUUGUAGUAACAUUUUGUGGGUGCCAUGUGCUUGUGUUGGAAGCAGCAGAAUGGGCUCAUUGCACUGCAGGAGCUGCCUGAAAAUGUUCAUCCUUGUGGAGGACUCAACACAAAGUAAUUUGCAGUGAUGAGAAGCAGAGAAGAUGGUGAUUCUGACCACAACAUUUCUGACAAGGCUUCCUUCAAUUAGGCAGCCUGUGAAUCUGUUAUGUUUUUUCUUUUGCAGUAAUUGUGUAAAUGUGAGAAUGUCUCUGUUGAUGGAAGGUUGCUGGUGGGUGUAGCACUGCUGUCACAGUCCUCACAUGGGAAUGUAGUUUUGCUGUGUUUUACUGGACAGCCAAUGCUGGCAGAGGCAACAGACCUGAGCUAGCACCUUACCAGCAGUUACAUGAAUAUAUUUUUAUCACAUUAUGAUAAAAAAAUCAUGUUGAUAAAAAUUAUGUUCUUACAGUAGGAAAAAAAUGUUUCAUUAGAGGUACAAGAUAAGAUGGGUAAUUAUUUCUGAAUAGUCUCAGAAGUUAAGAAAAAUAAAUCCUAUCAAAUGACAGACUGAAAAAUUGUAAUAGAUUAUUUUUUACACACAAACCCUAAGAUUUUGUUAUCACCUGUAGCAUACUCUCUAGGAGGGCACUCUCACAUCCUGGUUAACACAGAAAUAAAAUCUUGAAAAAUC